AUGACUGCGACUUCCGGCUUUGAUUGGUUGUGCGAUGCACGACGAGCCUUCUGUGCCUACGGUGUGGACCUUAUUCGGACUGGGUCCAUACUUGUACGUACUACACCGUCUGUGACUUAUCGAGCAUCGGUUUUGUUUCAGCGUUUUCAGGCUGCUGCUGAGGAAGUUCGUCAAAAACGUGGGGACUACCAUAGUGAAGAAGGCUUCCAACGUGGUGCCAUCAGCAGAAGCGGGAUUGAGGAAACAUGUGUCAUGGGCAUUGGCUUAGAAACGUGUCGGCAGGCUACGUAUACAAUUCCUUCUCACGUCGGCACUGAGUGUUCUCCAGGAGUUCUUGUACUUGGUGAUCUGUUCGCCCCACUGGACUAUUGCUUGUACCACUUUGAGGAUCACGAUGACAUCGUCUACUUAGCUGCAGCUUGCAUUUUAGUAGCAGCGAAAGUCGAAGACCCAUCCACACGGAUUCGCUCUAUCGUCAGCGUUUUCAUGAGGCUCAACCAACGUCGUCGAAAUGAACCAGUUAUCGAACUCCUGCAGCCACCACCCGAACGAUACGAGAAUUUCAAAACACGCGUGCGUGAGGCUGAAGAGAUUGUUCUCCAGACGCUUGGUUUCCAAACGUUCGUUGAGUGCCCGUUCAAAUACGCCAUUAUAUUCCUUGGAAUACUCGUUGGGAAUGAUCCCGUUGACGGAGGGCUGGUAGUUACUGUCGGUGCAUCACCGCCCCAACCGCCAGCCGCCGCCGGUGCUGCGAACCCAACCACUCCACUUGUAGGUAGUCGUCCAUUGCAGGGUAGUGAGGCUUUUAGUUGCCCUUCUGCCAAAAAGUGGCUUGCAGAUGCUGUCUGCUGGUUGAAUGACAUCCCUCGUUGGCGUGAACUUUACGCUGAAGAGGCAUAUGUUCUUGCGGUGUGCGCGCUCUACUGGACACGACCACCUGAUGUCAGCGGUCUCCCGGAAGAGUGGACGGCGGCAUUUGGAGUGGAGUCGUUCAAACGGGAUUCAGUGCUUAGUGUUUACCGCGAAAACUUGGACGGGGCUUUGGGAUCCGAGAAGCAUAAAAUAGAGGUUCUCCUGACCGCACGACACGAGAAACCCGAUUACCCAACAAUGGGACAACCAGCGCGUGUUGCCAAUGCGGAGGAUGAAGCCGCAAGCGGGGGAAAACCACUGCUGCCGCCAUCUGACGUUAGCGCUGUAGGAACCGACCCGAUGCCAAUUCAGGUGAAGCCUACUGAGCCAAAUGCGCCGAUUUUCAUACCAGAUAUUGUGGUCGGCACCGCCAUCUCCGCCGGUCCUAUUAUUCCACCACCCUCCCCAUCUGUUGUAACACCGCCAUCGUUGGCGGUAUUGCAGUCGGCCCUAAGCAUCCCAAUCACUCUUCCUCCCCAGCAGCCAAUAAGCAGCAACACUACCAGUGCUGGUGGUAUAAGUUGCAGCGGUCCAUUGGGUUUGGAGGAGGUAUUGCCGGGUGGAGGGGAGGAGUACAACAAGAGUUUGCCUCUGGAAGCCGUUGCGCCAGGCAUUGCUGAACUUCGCCCCGCCGAGGAGGAGUACCAAUUUGAGGACUUUAAAGAGAUGCAGCGUAGGAGACGCCAGAAAGAGGAAGCAGAGCUACGGCAAACAAAGCGGAGGAGAAGCAGUAGUCGACGGCGACGCCAUCGUUCGGAUGAGAAACGAAGGCGUCGGUCUGACAGUCACGACAGACGCCGUUCUGAUAGUCGCGAGAGGCGUCGACGCCCACGAGCGCCAAGUCCCCACAAAAAUCGCUCAGGGGACCGCCAGCACCAGCACCAGCACCAUCAUCGACAACAUCCGGCUGCUUCCUCUCAGCGACCAAAGAGUGACCGUAGGGAUGACAGACACCGCAACGACGACUACAAACGAAAUGAUGGCAAAUCUCAGCGGCGUCGAAGGUAG